UGACGCUCGAGACGCGAUUCGAGAGAAACAGCUUCAAGCGGUAGCACGGGCUCUACGUGCUACCCAAUAAGAAGGUUCAUCUUUUGUCCUUUGCAAAAACCAAGAAUUUCACGCUUUCGCCUUGUCAAUUUGAUUUAUUGAUUUAAAAAUGGCUUCUCACAUGUUACGUAUCUGCGGGAUUGUGACAAAUUCGCUGAGAAAUAGUCAAACUAUCAAUAACGGUACAUGUAACUUACUGUCUAUCAGUUGUUCAUAUUUGUUAAAAACACAUGUUCCUUUAGUACACGAAGUGAAAAAUAUUACGUUUUUCACGAGAAAAACUGGGGAUGAACUGUGGAAAGGUGUUACAAGUGUUAGUAAUGCAGGAAAACGUAGAGGCAGAGCGAAAGGUUUAGCAAGAAAAAGAAACUUGAACAUAGGUCAGGUUAUCGGUGUAGGAAAAAUUCCAAUACAAUUUCCUGGCCUAAAUACUCCUAUAUUCAGAGGAAGAGAGCUAAUUCAACAGCAGAAACUACCAGAAGAUCCUGAAAGGGCUGAAAAGCUGGCAAAGCUACGUCAGAUUCAAACUAAGCCAAAACGGGUGAAACUUUCUCCAUUGGAACGUGGUUGGUCAGGUGGUUCGAUAGCUGGCAGAAAAAUAGGACCACCUGAUCCUGUUGGAGAAGAUAUUUUUGAAGGCUUCGAAACUUGGAUUUUGGAAAGUAAAAUAGUGAAUUGUAUGACUGGUAACUUAGGGCGUAAAACUCGCAUCAGUAUAUUUCUUGUGACAGGAAAUGGGAAUGGAUUAGCUGGCUUUGCAGUGGCAAAAGCACCUAUGAGUAAACCAGCCAUAAAAACAGCCAAAAAUAGAGCAGGCCAAAAACUGAUGUAUAUUCCUAGAUAUAAAGAACACACUGUGCUACAUGACUUCUACACGCAGUUUGGAAGUACAAAGAUAUUUGUAAAGAAAAUGUACGAAGGAUAUGGGCUUGUUUGUCAUCGUGCAAUAAAAGUGUGUUGCGAGGCAAUUGGCAUAAAGGAUCUAUAUGCCAAAGUAGAAGGAUCUACGAAUUUGCAACAUAUUAUAAAGGCUUUUUUCAUCGGUUUGUUGCAACAGAAAUCGCAUCAACAAAUGGCAGAUGAAAAACGUUUGCACCUGGUCGAGUUUAGAUCGGAAAACUGUAAUUAUCCCAUAGUGAUCGCUUCACCGUCGAUUGUUAGAAAAUCAGAGGAAAUACCAUCGAGCGAGAUUCUCGAUUUUGAUCAAUAUGUAAUGGGUGGCAGAAUAGUAUUAAAGAAAAAGAAACGUGAGCCGUUUUAUACCAGAUUAAACUCUUGGAUAUUAAAGUUGAGAAAAAUGGAGCGCGUAAGAAAUCAUAACGAUACGAGGAUAAGAUUAAAGGCAGAGUAUGGAGAAAUACAGAGUUUUCUGACCGAAAAGUAUCCAGAAGCAACAUUUUCAAAGAAGAAAUCAAGUAAAGUUGACGAGACAGUAGAGUAAAGAAUGUAUAAUUGUUACACACUAAUGUAUAAAUGUUUGAAAAUAAAACAUUUGUCAUUAAAAUAUUUA